AAGUCUCGCUAAAAGAAGAAAAAGUGAGCUACGAAAUAGGAAGUGAAGUGGAAAAAAGUAUCACUCCAACUGGCAUGACGACGUCAGUCCUCGAAGAAACGGAUCCGCUUCUAAAUAAAUCCACAGGAAAUAAGUCUUUAUAUUCAUCCACGUCAUCACCUUCUCCACAUGAAGUCGAGGGAGACCCUCUGGACGAAGACGAAACACAGCCAUUGCGCCAAAGCAGAUUCAAGGGGUUUUUGUCGUACGUCACAGUGGAACCGGCGAUGUUUCUUCACUCUCUCUCGGCGGCGGUGGAGGGAGUAUUCGAGACGAAUAUGAUGUUGGAUAAGACUUGCUUAAUCCAGAUGAACUACAGCGAAGAGGUGUGUGAGGCUUUGGACUCAGGGAAGUAUGUCGAACAGCAAGACAUCGUCCAGCAGAUCACCAAUAAGUACAGCAUGUAUUCCCAGUGGAUCGAGCUCGGCCCUCCCGUCCUCGUGCUCAUUUUCCUGGGCGUCUGGAGCGACACGCGAAGUCGCCGUCUCCCAUUGCUUCUGCCGAUGAUUGGAGCGACGUUGAAGGCUGCGGGUCUAAUGGCCAACGCCUAUUUUUGGACUCUUCAGCCCUAUUUCAUCCUACUCUCUCACAUCCCCUACGGCUUGUGUGGCAACGUUAUGGCCGCCUACAUGGCUGCGUACGUUAUAAUCGGCGAUCUUACUGGUACGCAGGCAAGAACUUCGCGGCUUUCUAUCGCCGGCAUCAUGUACUUGCUCUCCUCCCCCGUCGGCAGCGCUCUCGGGACGGCACUCUACCAGUCCAAUGGCUACACGCUGGUUUUCGGGAUUGAAGUCGUCAUCUCAGCCCUUUCCGCCGUCUAUGUUGUGGCCAGGUUCGACAAUAAACCACCUGGACGCGAUGGGGAACAAGACGAGAAGAGGAAAAUUUUGUCUUUAGAGACGAUCAUGACGCCAUUCCGAGUAGUGUUGAAAAAACGAGAGAGGGAAGGGCGACCGCAGAUUCUUGGUCACAUUGUCUGUAUUUCUCUCUUCAUGAUGUCAGCCGACGACGACUUCUCCUUUUUGUUCCUUUACACCCGGAAGAAGUUUGACUGGAAUUAUUUCAACUUUACCGUGUGGAGCAUAUUCAGAACUCCAAUUUCCAUCAUAGCGGCUUGCGUGGUGGUGCCUAUCCUGAGCUACCGUUUUGGCAUGAGGGACACCCUGCUGUCGUUCACUGCCUCCAUCUCGCAAUUAUUUUAUGGCGUCCUAAUGGGCACAGCUCCUGAAUCUUGGGUUUUCUACUUGGCGGUAGUGGUGUCGGGUUGCAAAGACUUCGGCAUUUCGUGCUCUCGCGGGGCACUCUCAAAGCUGGUUGAGCAACACGAAAUGGGCGCCGUCUUCUCCGUGAUCGGGAUUGGAGAGGCGCUCCUUCCUCUCGCCGUCAGCCCCGUCUACACCGCUGUCUACAACAGCACUCUCGAGGUCUUCUCUGGAACCGUCUUUCUCCUGCUGGCCUGCGUGAGCGUCAUCAUUGCAACGAUUUAUGUAUGGCUUUUGACCCACUUUGAGGAGGUGAAUGAUGAAGAAACAUCAACCAGCUAGAGAAACAGAAUUAGAAGUAGAAAAGGGUGAGAAAUGGCUGUCCAAACAGCAUUUUUCUAGUUGAGCUUAAGUAGUUUUGUUUCCUUUAACUGAUAGAAAAAAAUAAAUACAGAUAGAAUAUAGGUAACCAUUGUUGUGGAAAUCUGUUAAAUGCUCACAACGGAAAUAAGAAAAACUUAUUACAGAUUGUAUACUGUUGACCAUUGUUAUAAAAAUCUGUUAAAUGCUGACUACACAAACAGAUUUUUAAAAAUUGAAAUUAACUUACCAACGAUAUGCAGAGGAACAAGUACACAAUGUUAACAAAUAUAUUACUAUCUUCUCUGCGGCUCCUUGUUGUGCUUAUUACCAACAUGAUAAAAUGAACAGAAAUUAAUAUUUUCACUCAUAUCCCUAGCACAGGAGAAUUACCAACAUCUGAUUGUAUUUAAUAUGACAGUAGUGACCUCUACCUGAAAUGGAUGUCUCACCACUGGUUCUGAAUGCUUUAGUUUGCAAAGUAACUGAGGUAAUAAAGCAAGUUAAUACUGCAAGGGAAAUAAAACAGUAACUGUCCUU